AAAUCAAAAUAGAUACCACAAAAAUUUAAAACCAUAAACAAAUCGAGAUAUUGCAAAAUACCUAUAUCAAUACCUAUAAUAAAACACUCAUAUAACAAUGCUAGAUAGACCUUAUAAUAGAAAGGUGAACAAUUACCAAACAAGGAAACUCGAAGUAUGCAAAAAAUACAUAGACAUGAGAGAUGAGGUGAAGCUUGAAGAUGAUAUAACCCAUGAUUUGGAAGAUGGUUUUGAUGCUUUGAUGCAAUAUGAUGAAAUCCUUUAUGAAUAUAAGAUCUUAAGAGGGUAUCUACAAGAUAAAUCUGAUAUACUCACCAGCGAAGAUAGGAUAUUAUUGAGUGAGAUGGAAUCAACAUUGAAUGGAAUAGAAAAGGUCUUACCAUUAUCCUUUUUAAUAUCAAGAAUUCAAGAGUUAGCACUUGUAAGACGAAAUCUUUUUGAAAAUGCUAUGGAAGCACCUAAACUUCUUAAUCAAUUUGAGUCCAGUAUUCCCACAAUGGAGAAGUUCAUAGAACCACCCAAGAUUGUUCAUUCUACUCUUGCGAUUAAACCUAAACCACUAACUCCAUUCACUGAUAGUACUUGGUCAGCAGCUCAUGUCAAAGUUGUAUAUGAUUCAGUGCUUAAAUUUCGGACUAAUGUUGAUAGAUGUGUUUAUAUCAAACAAAAAUUCGAAGAUAAAUUCCAAGUUAAUAUAUCUACCAAAGUAGCGUCAUAUUUUUUAUUACAUUAUGGGUUUAGGGAUACAGGUUGUAAAUUAGAGUUAUUCAAUAAAACCAUGACUGAAGGAUAUGCUUUAAAUAGAAAUAUCCCCACUAAAGAUAGAGUUGAUAGGAUGCUUCAAUAUUUCAUGAGUGAGUUGAAUCUUGAGGUUACUAAAAAUGAUCUUGAUCAAGGUUCAAAAUUUAGGAGAGUUUUGAUGAAUACAUAUUAUAAAUUCGAAGAACCAGAGGAAAAUUAUGUGGAAGUUUUAAAACAUGCUCCUUAUUUGAAUGAACAAUUGAUUCCAUUAAAACCAUUCAGAUAGAAAUGGUAGUAUUAUAAAUAUAUGUAUACAUAAUUAAAUGAUUAUAUGAUCCAUUCAUUAUUCUGAAAACACCUAAGUAUUUAAACUAAAAACUAAAACUACACAAAACUACACUAAAACUACAAAUAAAACAAACAUAAAACUAACAAAUAAACAUAGUUUAUCUCUUUCCACCCAUUAAUUGAGUCAACAAUUGUGAGCUUGAAGAUUGAUUACCAACUGCACCAACAUUAUCAUAAUUAACUGAUGCUGGAAUUG